CUCUAUCAGUUACGGCUACCAAUCGCUCCGCCCUUCCCUUCUCCUCUCUUCUCAGCGGCAGUCACCAGCGCCGCCGCCCCCGGACGCGAGCUCCUCCACCGGCGUCUAUCCCGAGGCAUGACCGGCGCUGCCCCCGCCCUCCUCCACCACCACGGAGUUUCAAGCAGAGGGACAUUACCUGUCUAUCAUGGCAAUUGCAGAUUCGUCCCAGGAUCUUGUUUCCUCAGCAAAUCAACUAUUUUGGGACCAUUGACUGUGUCUUUGGUUUGUGGUGCUAGCCCCAACAACCAUAGACCAAGGAAUCCAGAUAUCUCACGACAACAGAAGAGGGGUUCAUCAUCAAGGGGGAAAAGCAAGCCAUUCCAAGAAAGGGACGACUCUGAGAAUAAUGAUGAAUUUGAUAGUGAUACAGUAUCCUCCAAAAAUGGACCACCUAUGUCUUUGACAAGCAACUCACGCCCCCAUGCAACAUCAGCUCCAGGGGAAAGGGAAAAGGAGAUUGUAGAGCUAUUUAAAAGGGUUCAAGCACAACUGCGAGCCAGGGGAAAAGGCAGGGAGGACAAGAAGCCUGAACCUGCAAAAUCUCAGGGUGAGAAGGGAAGUGUCGAUUCCCUUCUUAAUCUGCUCAGGAGACACUCGGUGGACCAAAAACGGAAGAGCAGCGAUGAGAAAGAACAGAAUUUUGAUCAGACAUGGAGAAGCAGUGAUUCUGGAAACAAGCAAAGUUCAAGGAUAUUUGGCACGAAGAACGACGUGCAGGAAGGGCAGAAGCCACCUCCUGCAACCUUCCAGAGACCGCCUUCAAGCUUCAGGCGAAGAUCUCCUGUCCCUGGGGUUAAGUUUCAGCUUGUUACCAAUCCAGAAGCUGGUGCCAAGCCUGUCGUCAAUGGCAUGACCGAUGCUGUGCUGAAAGCCAAGACGCCACUGGAGGAGGAGACUGCUCAAGAUGAACCUGAUUCAGUCUCCCCGUACGAACCCGACUCUGUGCUAGCACCAGAAGACGCAUCUUUGGAUGACUUUGUUGUUUCAGAUGAUGAGUCAGACGUGCUGGAUGCCGAUGAACCUGAAGAUUAUCUGGAACCGUUGGAUGAUGUCGACGACAUUCCAGAUAGCAGCGCAUCCCUUGAUGACAGUCUGGAAGGUAGUCCUUCUGCGGAAGCUUCCGACCUGAGCUCGCUCAAGGUCACGGAGCUGAGAGAGCUGGCGAAGUCUCGAGGACUCAGGGGCUACUCGAAGAUGAAGAAGGGCGACCUGGUCGCACUACUGAGCGACGCGUCCUGAUCCGCUGGUGGCGGCAGUCCCGCUCGAGCCCACCGUUUUGCUUCCCUUCUGCCAUGGCCAUGUGCCCGAACGACCCUCCAUUCCUAUUUCGCCAAGACCAGGCCCUUUUUCUAGGUAGAAAGUUGUAAAUGAGCAAGGUUAACUUUUCUCCGUUCAUCGCCGCCGCGGAUCUGUUGCUGUCAUGUCCUAGUUUCUUUAGUUGAUUAGCCGGACUCUGUUAGGGUUAAAUAAGCAAAAGCUGUAAGCCGUGCUGGGGCAUUUGUUUCCGUGCUGUACCGCUGGUGUUGUAGGCAAGGCAAUCUUGGUUUCCCUCCUCGA